CCUUCCGCCGCGGCGGCCCCCGGGUGCGGCUCCGCGCUCACCGUGGGCCCUGCGCGAGUCUCCGGCUCGGGUCCCUGCCCCGCGCCGCGCUGGGCGCCAUGGCGCUCCCGGGAGCCCGGGCCCGGGCCUGGGGCUGGGCGGCAGCAGCCAGAGCCGCCCAGAGGCGCCGCCGCAUGGAGGGAGCGGGAGGGUCCCCGAGUCCUGAGCCUGGGGGCCCGCGCGCGGCGCUUUACGUACACUGGCCUUACUGCGAGAAGCGCUGCAGUUACUGCAACUUCAACAAGUACAUCCCUCAAGGCCUGGAGGAGGCUGCCAUGCAGAAGUGUCUGGUGACCGAAGCGCAGACACUGCUGCGGCUCAGCGGGGUGCAACGCGUGGAGUCUGUGUUCUUUGGUGGGGGGACCCCCAGUCUAGCCAGUCCCCACACAGUGGCUGCUGUCCUGGACGCUGUGGCACAGACAGCCCACCUGCCUGCAGACUCGGAAGUCACAUUGGAGGCUAAUCCCACUUCAGCUCCAGCCUCCAGGCUGGCGGAGUUCGGGGCAGCAGGGGUCAACAGGUUGUCCAUAGGCCUCCAGUCCCUAGAUGACACUGAGCUCCGGCUGCUGGGACGGACGCACUCAGCCAGCGAUGCUCUGCGAACGCUGGCAGAGGCCAGGUGCCUCUUUCCCGGGCGCGUGUCCGUGGACUUGAUGCUGGGGCUGCCAGCCCAGCAGGUGGGACCGUGGCUUGGGCAGCUGCAGGAACUGCUGCACCACUGUGACGACCACCUCUCCCUCUACCAGCUGUCCCUGGAGCGGGGCACCGCCCUCUUUGCCCAGGUACAGCAGGGCGCUCUCCCAGCCCCUGACCCGGAGCUCGCGGCUGAGAUGUACGAGAGGGGCCGGGCCGUCCUUCGGGAGGCUGGCUUCCGCCAGUAUGAGGUCUCCAACUUUGCCCGGAAUGGGGCGCUCAGUACACACAAUUGGACUUACUGGCAGUGUGGUCAGUACCUUGGCAUUGGGCCUGGGGCCCACGGGCGAUUCAUGCCCCAGGGGGCUGGAGGCCACACCCGGGAGGCUCGGAUCCAGACAUUGGAGCCUGACAACUGGAUGAAGGAGGUGAUGCGGUUUGGCCAUGGCACCCGGAAGCGUGUGCCCCUGGGCAGGCUGGAGCUGCUGGAGGAAGUUUUGGCCCUGGGGCUACGCACUGAUGUGGGGAUCACUCACCAGCACUGGGAGCAGUUUGAGCCCCAGCUGACCCUGUGGGACAUGUUUGGAGCGAACAAGGAGGUGCAGGAGCUGCUGGAGCGGGGCCUACUGCAGCUGGAUCACAGGGGUCUUCGGUGUUCCUGGAAGGGUCUGGCUGUGCUGGACUCUCUCUUGCUGACCCUCCUGCCUCAGCUCCAAGAGGCCUGGCAGCAGAGAGCCCCCUCCCCCGUACCAGGAGGAUGACCAGAUGUUCCUGUGUUCCAGGGUAAUGCCAGGCAGUUACCUCCCGAGGAGAAGCCUUCCUUACUUUGGAGUAAGGUCCUAAGACAGCUGGACGAAUCAGGAAAACCAUGUCCCCUCUAGGUAUUAUUAAUAUACGCAGGAAGGAUCUACUGUAGGAAUGAAGUAUUUAUAAAACCAUUGAAAGGGACAGAGAAGUGAAAAUUGGAGAAAGCCAGCAGCAACUGUCAGAAACGAGCAACGUGCAGGAGUCACAGAAGACUCCUGCUGAUGGUCUCAGCUUCCAGCAGCACAAAAGCAGGUGAUGUACAGGAAAAUGCUCAGAAGAUGCUGCAGAACCUCAUGCCUACUGCCUGCCAUGGCUGGAAAAGGAAUCGUGGCUUCUAGAAGUGCCUCUCAUUAGUGGACUUUAAAGCAAAUCCUGGCGGGCAGGAAAUGCUGAGGAAUAUAGUUCUCAGGCUUCAAGCCUCGACCGUAAGGGAGAGAACACAGAAGGACUUGAUGUAUGCUGGUGGGUCCAUGUGUGUCCAGCACAGCAGCCUGCUGGACUCUGAGGACUGGGAAAGAUCAGAGCAAGCCUUGCCUCAUCUUUGGGCAACUGGAAUAUGUUUGGGGUGACAGGAGCCACACAGACUCUCCUCAGUCCCCUCACCCACUCCCUUCCCCCUGUGUCUUUCCCUUGAGAGUGAAGGCGGGUGGAGUUGACCAGAGAAAGUGGAGAGAAUUCGGGAAAGACCCAAAGUGUUUGUAAUUCUUCUUUGUCCUUUUACCUACAGAGAUAGUCACAUGGUUCUACUUAAAUAGCCUAAUAAUCACAUCUGGAGCCUGCA